GAGUAUGAAAUCGAUAACAGCUGAAAACUCGCUGAAAUGUAAAUCAUCGUCAUAAUCUCUCAAAUUUCAACCCAAAACCCAACAUUCUCUCUCAAAACUUGAAACUUGGGAGAGAUAUUAAAAAAAUUCCAAAGCCAUAUUCAUAUCCAGAACUUGAUCAAGAAAACAAAACAUGGAUUCGCUUAUGGGUUUUUGGUUUAAUAGCCAAGCCAAAGAGAUAAGUAACGUCGGCAAAGAUAUCAAUGAUGUGCCAAAAAAUAUGGGUAAAGGAGCAAAGAAGAUAGUGAAAAAUGCGACAGAAAAGAAGCAAAAGCCAUUGCCUGAAGUGCUAAAAGAGUAUGAUUUACCCUCUGGUUUAUUUCCUAGAGAAGUGAAAAAAUAUGAAUUGGACGAAGCAACAAAAAAGCUGACAGUUACACUCCCUAAAUUCUGUGAAGUCACUUACAGAGACUCGUCUAUUUUAAGGUUCUCAAACAGCGUCACAGCUCAUCUUGAGAAAGGAAAACUAAGCGAAAUUGAAGGACUCAAGACUAAAGGAAUGUUAUGGGUCAAAGUCACAUGCAUUGCACGUGAAGAUACAAAGCUUCAUUUCACUGCAGGGUUAGGAAAAACCAGGGAAACUAAAGUUUACGAAAUGGUUAGAGAUGGAAUUCCUGUAGACAAAUUCUAA